UGAUGACGGACACUGUGAAGGACACGACAAGCAGUAACAAGAUAACAAGGGAAUAUUGAAGGUGAAUUUUACACUUCCUGAUGGAGAACACAGAAGGCAACAUAGUGAAUGGCGAGAACCCUCCACCAUACUACUUGGUGGUGAAGCCCAGUGAUCCCCCUCCUUCAUACGCCAAUAUCGAUGAGUUAUGGGAAACCCCUCCAGUUGUCCCCUACUACAUAAACGAACCUCUGCCUCCAGUAUUCCCUCCUCAUGUGGCUCAACGUAUCAUCAUUACCACAGAGCAAUAUCACCCAGAUCAGAGGCGGAGCAGCCUGGUGGUGAUCCGGCAUAAAAAAGCACGCUGCUAUGGAGGCUCAGGCGUCUCUGCCUUUAUUAUAAUUCUCAUCGGAAUUGCACUCUGGCUCGGAGUGCGAUAUGGCAUAACGAUGAUGUCCAGAAGGAAUAUGGACACCUGCCCGUCCAAUACUGUCAUCUGUGAUGGACAUGUCGAUUGCAAACAGGGAAGCGACGAGACUAUUUGCGUAAGGUUUGGAGCUGGAAAUGAACUCCAGGUCAUGACCUCAAACUCCAACGGUUUCCUUCCCAUCUGCUAUGAUGACUGGAAUCAGAGCCUGGCUACCCAGACCUGUAAACAGCUCGGGUUCAGAGGAUGUUACCAGUACGGUUCUCUAACAUCGACCUCAACAUCAUUUCUUUUUGUGUCUCAGUCUUCAGACACCAUACAGGGAAAGGUUAAUGUCAGCACGUCAUGUCCUGAUAAAGAGACAGUGUCUCUCCAAUGCACUAACUGCGGGCUUUCACAGAGCAGCUCGCGGAUCAUUGGAGGAGACGAAGCGGAUCCCGGCCAGUGGCCAUGGCAGGUCAGCCUGCAUUUCCAAGGCUCUCAUGUGUGCGGAGGAUCUGUGAUUUCACAGGAUUUUAUAGUGAGUGCUGCACACUGCUUUCCCAGUGACCCUCCUGCCUGGCAGGUUCCAGCUAACUGGCGUGUGUACCUGGGGGUGGAGUCACAGUACAUGCUUCCAGCACCGCAGUACAUCGCUGACAUCAUCAUACACGAGCUGUACAACCCGAACACACACGACAAUGACAUUGCGCUGCUCAAACUCACCCAGCCCAUCAACUUUACCGGUAUGGUCCAGCCUGUAUGUCUCCCUGCAUACGACCAGGUUGUUCUUGCAGACACAGAAUGCUGGACAACAGGAUUCGGAACGACAGAGGAAGGAGAAGACCAUGGUUCCAUUCAGUUAAUGGAGGUGGAAGUAGAGAUCAUUGAUAGAUCCUUGUGUAACACCGCCUACAAAGGACUCAUCUCUAAUGACAUGCUGUGUGCAGGAGACAUGAAUGGGGGAAAAGACGCCUGCCAGGGUGACAGUGGAGGUCCUUUGGUGUGUCAAGACGAUGACGGCCACUGGUAUCUCUAUGGCGUGACAAGCUGGGGGAUUGGGUGUGGCCGUGUCAACAGGCCAGGUGUCUACACUGAUGUGCACAGUUAUGUAGCGUGGAUCCACAGCAAGAUAGAGGAAUACAGACCGUGAGGGAGGCACGAGGUUCCACC